AUGGAAAAUGGAGCAAAGAAAUGGGGUUUUCAAGCAAAGAAAGGCCAGAACCCAACAGCAGCAGCAGCAGCAAUCUCAGUCCGAGGAGUUCUCAACCGCUUAGCAGAGAAUCUAAACAAAGAAGACAAAAGACAAGUUAUACCUUUAGCUCAUGGUGACCCAUCUGUCUUCCCUUGCUUCAGGACAACUCCUGUGGCUGAUGAGGCUAUUGUUGAUGCUGUAAGAUCGGCUAAGUACAAUCAUUAUGCUCCAACUGUUGGUCUCCUUCCAGCUAGAAGGGCUGUUGCGGAUUACCUUAAUCGGGACCUUCCAUACAAGUUAUCAGCAGAUGAUGUCUUUCUUACACUUGGUUGUGUACAGGCAAUUGAAAUUGUAAUAGCAGCCCUUGCUCGACCCAGUGCCAACAUCUUGCUUCCAAGACCAUGUUUCCCGCACUAUGACGCUCGUUCUGCAUAUAGUUGUCUUGAGGUUCGCUAUUUCGAUCUUCUCCCAGAAAAGGGAUGGGAAGCUGAUCUUGAAGCUGUUGAAGCUUUGGCAGAUGAGAAUACGGUUGCAAUGGUUAUUAUAAACCCUGGCAAUCCUACUGGAAGUGUUUACAGCUACCAACAUUUGGAAAAGGUUGCUGAGACAGCGAGAAAGCUUGGGAUUAUGGUGAUUUCUGACGAAGUAUAUGACCAUCUGACAUUUGGGAGCGCUCCAUUUGUGCCAAUGGGAGUCUUUGCAUCCACUGUGCCUGUCCUUACGCUUGGAUCUAUAUCCAAGAGAUGGAUUGUUCCAGGCUGGCGAAUGGGUUGGCUGGUCACAAAUGAUCCCAAUGGCAUCCUUCAGGAUUCUGGGGUUGUUGACUCAAUCAAGAACUGCCUCAAUAUAUCUUCUGAUCCUCCAACUUUCAUUCAGGCUGCUCUUCCACAACUCAUUGAAAAUACAAAGGGGGAUUUCUUUUCAAAAAUCAUUAACAUACUAAGAGAGGCUGCAGCCAUAUGUUAUGGAAAGAUUCAGGACAUCCCUUGCAUCACUUGCCCAAGUAAACCAGAGGGUUCCAUGUUUGUAAUGGUGAAAUUGAAUUUGUCUCUGUUGGAAGGCAUUGAGGAUGAUUUGGACUUCUGUCUUAAGCUGGCUAAAGAGGAAUCAGUCAUGGUACUCCCAGGAAUUACUGUAGGAAUGAAGAAUUGGCUUCGCAUAACUUUUGCCAUUGAGCCAUCAGCACUUGAAGUUGGUCUCGAGAGGCUGAAAGUCUUUAAUGAAAGGCAUGCCAAGAAGCAAUAA